CACCGGAGGUGCUCAUCAUUGCGCAUCAUCAUCAUCAUCGUGAAUGGACGCAAUUCAUUUACUGGAGAGAUGAUCUUAAAAAUUUAUUCAGUCUUGUCGCCAGCAAUUGUUUUGCGUCACCCAGCAUUGCAUCAGUACUGAUAAUAUUUGUCUCCAGGAAUUUGCCGAAUGAUAUCAACGCAUCGAGGUGUCAACGAGUUGGCCAAGGUCAAGGGUAUUUAGUUCUGGUACUUAGGUCCAAUCCCUUCUCGCAGAAUCUCAAGUAUUGUACCUCACUUCGCUCACACUGAUCUAAAUCUUCGACGACUCAUGAUGAGCGAAGACAAUAGGCUGGGACCUUCUCUGGGAGCCUGCAGAUCCGGCGAAGCGACUGCUGGUGAGACCUCGGUACAUGGCCUCAUGGCAUCGCUUUCGCUGAGCGCUCAUGGAAUUCAUAUUGCUGCCUCUGGUGCGUUCUUCAUCCAGAGAAAACCCCGCAGGGAAGUCUGGCAGUCUGUGCAGAAGGUUGCCAAAGGCCUCACUAAAACAAUUUCUAAACGCUUCAAGUCAUCCCGCAACCGCGUCCCUAUUGUCCAGAACGUUGUUCGUGAAGGUGCUUUAUCGAAUCAGCACUUGAAUACCGAGGACGCAUCGCAUCUGCAUGUUGCCAUAGAUGACCAGCAUCCCACUAUGUCUGAGAAUUCUAGUGGCUAUGUGAAUCAAGCACUGUCCAGAGAACCUGCUUCGCAGGUUCAGGCUAUCCCUUCUACUCUGCAGGAAGGGACUAGUCAUCAAUUGGUCGACUUCGGGGUGCCCAUGAGGCUUUAGAACACAUAAAUCUACUCGGGAGCCAUGCGACAUCUAUAGCAUCCUCCGGCCAAAAUGCCCAAGCGGAUCUCAAUAUCUUAGACG